GUUCCCUCUGCCCCUCCCCGUCUCCCACCAGCUUGUUUGCUCUUAUAAACGUCCCCUCAGACACUGGUCUGAAAAACAGGAGGCGCAUUAAAAGAAGAAGUAUUCAACUGAAGGCUAAAGUGAUCAGCAGAAAGGGUGAUGGCAGUGUCAGUUUCCAGGGAUCUCACAGUACGGGUGCUGGAAGACCCGAAUACUCUCAAGCUUGCGGAGAGACAGCAGGCACUGAAGAUUGCCAUCCAGAAAGGAGAACCCAAAUGUCUGGGGGUUAGUCAGGUGAUGCUAGGACUGAUGGUCAUGUCCUACUCCAUUCCUCUGCUCUUCACUGAGUUCACAGAGGUGGUCGCCCUGGGAGUUCCUUGGUGGAGCGGCCUGAUGUUCAUCACAGCAGGAGCAGUGUCAAUAUUCUUGGACAAACACUGCACCAUGAAGAUUCUGCAGCUGUGUCUCACGAUGAGCAUGGUGUCUGUUAUGCUGUCAGUGGUGGCUGUGAUCAUCUACUCUGUGGACAUGAACAAGAAUCCUGAGGAACCUUGCAUGAAAACUACAGAAGACAAAAGAUGUGACGAAAAGCACUACGAGACGAGGCUGAGCAGGGGAGUGAAGUCGUCCCUCCUUGUCUUCACUGUGGCCCAGACAGUCAUCGCUGCCAUUCUCUGUGUCCUUCUCUUCAGGCAGAGGCGUAGCUUUGUAUCAUACACUCCUCUCGGUCAAGCAGCUCCACCCACUUCAACUCUGCUUACGUCCCCCGACCUGAACUGAUCAGUCAUCCAUUGACUGAUUGAUCAGCUGUGUCCUGAUGAUUGAAAGUCUUGAAUUUGUCUAUCCACUUACAUCUACCACUUAUUUACUCUGCUACCUGGCAUGUUUGCACAAGUGUGCCAGUUCUGUCAAAGGGCCUUUCACACAGACGUAAUAACUGUUCAACACUGGAUUAAUGGUUCAUGGACAUCAGAGUACAUCAGAGUCUACACAACCGUACUUUUUAUGUGUGACAGAUGAUGUCACAUAUUAUGUAUGUGGAGCUUUCGGCUAUGUCCAGUCACAACUGCUGAAUAGCAUACAGGGACCAUAUAGAAAUGCACUGCCUUGAAAGAAAAAAUGGAUCAUGGCUUUUGUAUCUGAAGAAUUUCAUAGUUGAAAGAUCCUGAUUUUGUAAUCAAGAGAAAAGGUUCUGCAAUUUUCAAAUGACAUAAACAAGAAACUUCACUAAAUGUUGAAGAAACGUACCUGCAUGAAGAAGGCACCCAGUCAGAAACAAACCCUGUGACUUCUUUUUCACAGUCCAGUCCAGUUUUUUUUCCUCUUUCAGUUUUAAACGCAUGUAUGGCGCAUAGGAUACAAUAUUGUGUGCAGUGUUUAGACUAUGUUUAAAAUAAAAAUAUGUUAUUAUGAUAAGAUUGUGUUAAGAGAAUUGCUCAUGCCAUCUUUGACAGUAUUUUGUGUAAAAUUAGAAAACAAAGUCAUAAAUGAAUAAACACAUCAAACCCACUGUGUGAAACAAAAA